AUGAAACCAUCUUACAAAAUCAAAGAACCUGAUGCAUUUGACAAGUUCAUAAGUGCUGAAAUUCCUCCAGAAAGCAACCCUCACUUGCAGAGAAUUGUUUUAAGCCACAUGAUGCAUGGCCCUUGUGGCAAAGCUAACACUGAGUGCCCUUGUAUGAAACACAAGAGUAGCCCAGGCACAUGUAAGUAUGGCUAUCCAAAGACGUUUAGAGAAGAGACAAGUACACAUGAAAAUGGUUUCCCGCUUUACAGGCGGAGAAAUGAUGGCCAACAUCCAAUCAUUAGCAAGUUCGCCAUGGACAAUAGAUGGGUUAUUCCAUAUAAUCCCUAUCUCUCCGCUCUCUUUGAUUGUCAUUUAAAUGUUGAAGUUUGCUCGACCAUCCAAGCAGUGAAAUACAUAUACAAGUAUGUUUACAAAGGCCAUGACAAAAUAUCAUUCGCUGUGUCAAAUCGGAAAGACGUCAAACCAGUUGAUGAAAUUACACAGUUUCAAACUGGGUGUUGGGUUUCGCUAUGCGAGGCUUCAUGGAGGAUCUUUUCAAUUGAUCUCUUUGAAAUGUAUCCUCCUGUGCUCCCUCUUCAAGUUCAUUUGCCCAAUGCACAAACGGUACAAUUCAAUCCUAAAGAACAACUUGAUCGCAUUGUGGGAUUGUCAUGUAAGAUCUCAAACGUUGCUUACUGA